AUGGCAACAGUGAUCCUGCCGGAUGUGGAAAAUGGCUUGCACAUGUGGGGUUGCACAAGGAGGAAUAUUUAUGCGGACAACAUCAUUUCACAGAAUAUUUAUGCUGACAACAUCAUUUUCACCGCGAAUUCCAUCAAAGAAGUGAUCAAAAAAUACUGUGAAGCAAAACCACCGGGGCACAACAAACGCCGCGGAGAUCCAUACUUUUUUCAAUGUACUUCGAAAAAUCAAAAUCGGCUUCGAGAAAUCAAACGUCGAUGGACGAGAAUCCUGCCGAUUCAGCAACUAGUGGUGUCAGCGUCACAGCACUGCAAAGAAACUUUUUAUGGCGGCUUCGACAAGAGGAAAGUAGAUGGCCAGGAUGGAAUUUGGCAAAGUCAGUGCCUAUGGCCAAAUACAAUGAAACAAAUCGAAGAGAUGCAGGGAAUGUGGUGUAUAUUGCAGACGUUAUCGCAAGCGGAAUCGAAUCCGGGAAAAGUUGAUUGA